CCGCCUCGCCGCCAAGCUCUGCGGUACAUAGAGAAUCGAAGUCCAGAAGCCUCUCAAAUCUUGCACCAGCAACUCUCCAAGCACAACUUCCUAGGCGCCAUUCCACAAGGCUUGAUGCGAUAUAUCAAUGCACAGGCUGGCGGUAGAGGCUUGACCUGCUGUGGCCGCCAGCCAAUCUGUGUGCGACAAGUGACUGCAGAGAAGGCUUCAUUUGCACCACUACCUACAUAUCUGAUUGCUUCUCCAUCACCAGCUACAAUCUUAUUCCGGAGACGUCAAGGACAUUUUGACCUUGAAUAAUCCCUGUCAAGAGACGGCUGUAUAAGUGAACGGACCGCUCAGUCCUAGCUUCAAUAUGUCAAUACCUAUCUCGUCGCUGCUCACAAAUGGCACUCCCGCGCCUCAACGCGAUCGAUGGACCUACCUUGACCGCAUCUUAUCGACUACUUCACCGUAUGCCGGAGAGGAAUUUGUCCCUGGAGAAGAUACAAUCAAUGCCUUAGAAUCAUCACGGGUCCUCGUGAUCGGCGCCGGCGGGCUAGGAUGUGAGAUCCUGAAGGACCUCGCACUGUCCGGCUUCAAGGACAUCCACGUCAUCGACAUGGAUACCAUCGAUGUCUCCAACUUGAACCGUCAGUUCCUUUUCCGGCAAUCCGACGUGGGUAAAUCGAAAGCCGAAGUCGCGGCGGCAUUCGUGGAGAGGCGUGUCCCCGGCGUCAGGAUCACCCCCUACAACGGUAAGAUCCAGGACAAAGACGAAGAAUACUACAUGCAGUUCAAGCUAGUCAUCUGUGGCCUUGACAGCAUUGAAGCUCGGCGCUGGAUAAAUGCCACGCUAGUCGACAUGGUCGACAUGGAAAACCCUGAGUCGCUCAAACCUCUGAUCGAUGGCGGCACCGAAGGCUUCAAAGGCCAAGCGCGCGUGAUUCUCCCCAGCCUGACUUCGUGCAUUGAGUGCCAACUAUCCAUGCAUGCUCCACGUGCCGCCGUGCCUUUGUGCACACUCGCCACCAUCCCGCGCCAACCUCAACACUGUAUAGAGUGGGCGCACAUCAUCGCCUGGGAAGAACAACGCAAGGGCGAAAUCCUCGACACCGAUGACCCCGAACACAUCUCCUGGUUGUACACGACCGCGCUGAAACGGGCCAAUGAAUUCAAUAUUCCCGGGGUAACCUACUCGAUGACCCAGGGCGUGGUGAAGAACAUCAUCCCCGCAAUCGCGUCCACGAAUGCCAUUAUCGCGGCGAGUUGUUGCAAUGAGGCCUUGAAGAUCGCGACGGGAUGCGCGCCGUUUCUGGAAAACUACAUGAUGUACACGGGCGACUCCAACGAGGGAGGCCUCUACACAUACACCUUUGGGGCGGAAAAGAAGGACGAUUGUCCUGUGUGCGGGAACCUCGCGCAAACGCUAAUUAUUGAUCCCGAGUGGACGCUGGAAGACUUCCUUGCAAGUCUAGCUGAGAGGGCCGAAGCGCAGCUGAAAAAGCCGAGCAUCAGGACAGAGGCGAAGACGCUGUAUGUCCAGGCUCCGAAGAGCUUGGAGGAGCAGACAAGGCCCAACCUGGGGAAGAGAAUUAGGGACUUGAUCAGCGACGGCGAGGAAGUAGGCGUCAGUGAUGCAGCGUUUAUGAUAAGCUUCAAGUUUCGGCUGGUGUUCAAGAAGUGAAAUGGAAGACAGAAAAGGGUCCAGCCUGCUCGUGAAAUACUUCAAGGAACGGAUAGAGCGCAUGACUCAUGAAGAAAGAAACAUCCAUCACUCUCCUGCAGCACGUUGCGAUGCAUAGACAAGCAAAGCACUUUUUUGAUUUCGCAAUCCGAGGUAUCUAAGAAGACCUGCAUUGAACACCCUGCAAUGCAUAG